AUGAAGUGCUUCUCUACUUUGAAGCCGGUUCCUCUCAAAAUUAACAAAACCUUAGGAGUAAUCGUUAUUGGCGAUGAGAUUCUUCGGGGUGAUGUUGUGGAUACUAACUUUGCUUUUGUGGCCCAUCAAGCCCCUUCGUGUGGUCUCAAGCUCAAGCGCGUGUCGAUUAUUCCGGAUAUUGCCAAAGUGAUCUCUAAGGAGAUCCAAAAAUUUAGUAAAGACUACGAUGUCGUUGUGACCUCGGGAGGAAUCGGCAUAACUCAUGAUGAUCUAACUUACGAAGCUGUUGCAGAUGCUUUUGAUGAAAAUUUAAUUCUACAUCCAUCUUUGUUAAAAUUCAUCGAGUCUGAAUUUGGUUGUCGGGCAACGGAUCUUCCUGUUGAUGACCAUCGUUUGAGAUUAGCUCGAGUCCCUGCAUCUUCAAGACUAAUCUAUGGAAAAGAUCCAAAAACUAAUCAAACAUCUGAGUAUCCAGUUCUCAGCGUCAAAAAUGUCUUUGUUCUCCCUGGGCUUCCACAAUUCUUUAGAUUGGGAUUUGAUUUCAUUAAACCGUACAUUCAGGACCCAAAUAUGAAAUACUUCAGCAGAAAUCUCUAUACCACGUCAGAGGAAACCCAUUUGGCUAAUCGUCUUGGUGAUUUUGCUGCGGAAUUCCAAAAUUCUGUUCUUGUUGGUUCCUAUCCCGUCCAAAACAACCAGUACUACAAAGUUCGUAUCUUUCUUGAAUCCCAAGACCUGCAAACUUUGAAAAUCGCUCAAUCCUCCUUGGAAAAGCUCCUAGGAGACGAACUCGUCAACUAUGAUAGUGAUGCGGUGGUGAAUGCUGUCGAUCGAGUUUACAAAAUGUCACAAGAAAACACGCUGUUUGGUCAAAAGCUAAAGCACUCAAUUGAAAUAGUUACAGAAAUUAUCGAUCGUUACGGAACCGAAGAUAUAAUUCUGAGUUUUAAUGGUGGUAAAGACUGCAUCGCUCUUCUGCAUCUUCUAUUUGCGGUGUUGAAUAAGAAUAGCGGUUCUAAGGGACCUUUUAAACGACCCCAACUCUUCUAUGUUCGAGAACAGACCCCGUUUGCUGAGGUUGAGACAUUUGUUGAAUCUACAUUGGAUUUCUAUCAGUAUGAGUCGACUAAAAUCUCCCGAUUGGACAGUAGUUCAGGCGAAAAUUGGGUUCAGAAGUGUUCUGCGGAGCAUCCCAGCCUCAUAGUCUACUCUGGUCAUAUCAAGCAGGGUCUUGCUCGACUCAAACAUGAUUCUCCAAAUCUCAAAGUCGUUUUCAUUGGAACGAGAUAUGCCGAUCCUUGGACAGGUACUUUCAUUGGCAAGAGUAUUUUUGUAUAA